AUGGCUCCAUAUCUGCAAGAAGAAACACCACCAAACCACGAGACCAACACUAUCAAGUCACCCUCCCACUCUAAACCCACUCAAACACUUUCCUACCAACCCGGUCGCACAGUCGCCGAAACACACGAAAACUAUGCUUACGAACACUUGCUGCCCACUUUCCCAGACCUGAAAUGGGAUCCUUUGACCGAAGUCCCUUACGAAGAUAAAGGUCUUCUCGGUUGCCCUUCUUUUUCUUCUUUAUUGGCUUCUGCACAUUCCAUCCGCGACUACAACCCGAAGAUUGGAACUGAGGUGCAAGGAAUCGAUCUCGGCAACAUCUCCGACGAGACGAAGAAUGAUAUUGCGAGACUGAUAGCCACAAGGGGCGUUGUGUUUNUCAGAAACCAGAAGAACUUUGGGAUUGAAGAACAGAGAGAGUUAGGGAGGUAUUUUGGUACACUGCAUAAGCAUGCUACUACUAGUGUGCCCAAGCAACAAGGAUUAGAAGAUGUGCAUGUGGUAUUUGCAGAAGGCAACAAGGGAGCCAGAAACCAUGUUUUCUCGCCCAGUUUCUUGUGGCAUAGUGAUGUAAGUCCCCUGUUCCCUUUCCCUUUCCCACCAUUGCAAAAGAUCUGCAUACUGAUAGUUGGCAUGCAGGUCACAUACGAACUCCAACCCNCUUCCUACACAAGUCUAAAACUGCUCUCUGGGCCCCCUAGCGGUGGCGGCGGCACAACACUCUGGUCAUCCCAAUACGCAGCUUACGACGCUUUAUCCCCAUUCAUGCAAAACUGUUUAUCUUCGCUGUCAGCAGUCCAUUCUGCAGACAUGCAAGCUGCGGACUCGAGACGUGGCAACAGACCGGUCAGGAGAGAUCCCAUCACCACUGUGCACCCAUUGAUACGCGUCAACCCUGUCACGGGUUGGAAAAGCAUCUUCUACAAUCCUGGUUUCGUGACUAAGAUUGUCGGGGUUCCGAGGUUGGAGAGUGAGCAUAUUAUUUCUUAUUUGAAUGAGUUGAUUGCCACCACGAAUGAGAUUCAUGUGGCUUUUGAGUGGGGCAAGGAUGAUGUUGCGUUUUGGGAUAAUAGGAUUUGUGUAAGUUUUGACACGUCUGCUUGUAAGGUAUCAGUGCUAAUGGGAAAACAGAAUCAUUCGGCGACGUAUGGGUUUGCGCCUCAUCGCAGGCAUGCUGUUAGAGUAGCUUGUCAAGCGGAGGUACCGUAUUAUUCUGCAGAUGGAAAAUCACAAGAGGAAGAGUUGAAUGCAAAGUAUGGAUUACCUGCUGGAAACAAGGAUUGCAGUGGUGUGGGUAACUAUAAUGACUAG